GCAUUACCACCGGGAUGAGUGCGGCCGAGGGCCGGCCCCGGUGCCGGUGGGGCGGCGGCGAGGCGGUGCUUCGUGCCCGUGCUGAGGCCGCCGGUUACCGGAGGCUGCUGCGAGCCCGAGCCGCCGAGGUGGAGGCGUUGCGGGGGGCGGUGGGCGCGUUACACCGGCAGCUGGAGGGGCUGCGGGACCGGCGGAGCGGGGAGCUGGCCAAGUACCAGGAGCGGGUGGCGGAGCUGGAGCGGGAGAUCGGGGCGGCGGAGGCGGAGAUGGCCCGGUGCCUGCGGGAGUACCCGGCACUGCUGAGGCUGCGGAUGGCGCUGGAGGCGGAGAUCGCCGCGUACCGGUACGCGAGGGGGGCGCGGGGGGCACGGGGGGCGAGGGGCUUAGCCCGGCCCAUUUUUUCCAGGGAGAUGCUGGAGAGCGAGGAGCUGCGCCUGGGCGGCCUGGCCCCGCCGUGACCGGACCUCCGGAGCCCCGGUCCCACCACCGGAGCCCGGCCCUGCCGGUACCACUGGACCUCCGGUCCCGGGACCGGAUCAUGAGCCCCACCACCGGACCCCGGUUCCUCUGCCGGACCCCAGACCCCCGACACGGUUCCCUGGGACCCUCUGGACCUCUGUGGACUCACGGAACCCCGGUCCUUCUACCACCCCCCCGUUCUACGGGUCCCCCGGACUUGUACGUGCCCGCCUGCCCCGGGACCCCCGGGAGGGCAGCGCCCGUGGGGACACACACUCACCAGCCUCUCCGGGGUGGGGGUCCCGGCCCAGACCCGUGCGGAAGCACCUCAAUAAAGCCCCGUGGCAUCA